AUGGCAUUCGGAUCAUACGACAAUGAUGAUUCCAAGAGGAAAAGGAGGUACGUAGUUAUCUCCAUCUCCUCUGUACUUCUUGUUUCCAUGGUUGUGGCUGUUACCAUCGGCGUUAGCUUCAAUAACGAUAACGGAACUAAAGAAGAGAUCACGGCCUCCGUUAAAGCCAUCAAAGAUGUCUGCGCGCCAACGGAUUACAAGAAGACAUGUGAAGAUACUCUAAGGAAAGAUGCAAAGGACAUAUCGGACCCGUUGGAGCUUGUGAGGACAGGGUUUAACGCAACGAUGAAACAGAUAAGUAAUGUGGCGAAGAAAUCACUGACUAUGAUUGAGAUACAAAAAGAUCCAAGGACAAAGAUGGCUUUAGAUCAAUGCAAGGAGCUAAUGGAUUAUGCUACCGGCGAGCUUAGUAAAUCUUUUGAAGAGUUGGGAAAGUUCGAACUUCACAAGGUUGACGACGCAUUGAUUAAGCUAAAGGUUUGGCUCAGCGCGACCAUUAGUCAUGAGCAAACUUGUCUCGAUGGGUUUCAAGGGACACAAGGAGAUGCAGGUGAGACGAUGAAGAAGGCACUGAAAACCGCAAUUCAGUUAACACAUAACGGGCUUGCAAUGGUCAGUGAGAUGUUGAAUUACUUAGGACAAAUGGACUUGCCUGAGAUGAAUAGUCGCCGGCUGUUGUCUCAAGAGUUUCCUUCGUGGGUGGAUGGGCGUAUGCGUAGGCUCUUGAAUGCUCCAUUGUCUGAGAUCAAACCAGAUAUGGUUGUGGCUCAAGACGGGAGUGGUCAGUACAAAACGAUCAAUGAGGCAAUAGAAAACGUUCCUAAGAAGAGUAACGCAACUUUUGUGCUUCAUAUUAAGGGAGGAAUCUAUAAAGAAUAUGUUCAGGUGAAUAGGUCUAUGCCAAAUCUUGUUUUCAUCGGUGAUGGCCCUGACAAAUCAAUCAUUUCCGGUAAUAAAAGUUUCAAGGACGGUAUUACUACAUACCGUACCGCCACCGUCGCAAUCGUUGGAGACAACUUCAUUGCCAAGAACAUGGGUUUCGAGAACACAGCCGGGGCCAUAAGCCAUCAAGCUGUUGCCAUGAGGGUCAUGUCAGACGAAUCCAUAUUCUACAAUUGUAAAUUCGAUGGUUACCAAGACACUCUCUACGCACAUUCCCACCGUCAAUUCUACAGAGACUGUACCAUCUCAGGGACCAUAGAUUUCCUCUUUGGAGACGCAGCAGCAGUAUUCCAAAACUGUACAUUACUAGUAAGGAAGCCACUCGAGAACCAGGCAUGUCCUAUAACCGCAAACGGACGUAAAGAUCCUAGAGAGUCCACAGGGUUUGUGAUCCAAGGGUGUACUAUCGCUGGUGAAGCAGAUUACUUGGCUGUCAAGGAAACUAGUAAAGCUUAUCUUGGAAGGCCGUGGAAAGAAUAUUCGAAAACUAUUAUUAUGGAGACGUUUAUACCUGAUUUUAUUCCGGGUGAAGGAUGGUCGGUGUGGCAAGGAGAUUUUGGUCUUGACACGCUUUUUUACUCGGAGGUGAGGAAUACUGGACCGGGUGCUGGUUUGGCUAACCGGGUUACUUGGAAAGGAAUCAAGAAGUUGAGUGAAGAGGAGAUUGUUGAGUACACUCCGGCUAAGUAUAUACAAGGUGAUGAGUGGAUUCCGGGUAAAGGGGUUCCUUACACACCCGGUUUUUUCGCUGGAAACGGUUCGGCGUUAGCAAAGUAG